AUGCCGGUGAUGAGGGGCCUCCUGGCUCCCCAAAACACCUUCCUGGAUACCAUCGCGACCCGCUUCGACGGCACGCAUAGUAACUUUGUGCUUGGCAAUGCCCAAGUGCGCGGUGCUUUCCCUGUGGUUUACUGUUCUGAUGGCUUCUGCGAAUUGACUGGCUUUUCCCGGGCUGAGGUCAUGCAGCGGUGCUGUGCCUGCAGCUUCCUCUAUGGGCUUGACACCAGUGAACUCGUCCGCACCCAGAUCCACAAGGCCCUCGAUGAGCGCAAGGAAUUUAAAGCUGAGCUCAUUCUCUAUAGGAAAAGCGGUGUCCCCUUCUGGUGUCUGCUGGACGUGGUGCCUAUCAAGAAUGAAAAGGGGGAGGUGGCUCUCUUCCUGGUCUCCCACAAGGACAUCACAGAGACUAAGAGCAGAGCAGCAGAAAGCUGGAAGGAAGGAAGCGAGAGAGGUGGGCGCCGACGCUACAGCCGAGCUGGGGCAAAAGGGUUUAAUGCCAACCGUCGACGGAGCCGGGCUGUGCUCUAUCACCUGUCAGGACAUCUGCAGAAACAAGGCAAAGGGAAGCGCAAACUCCACAAGGGCAUCUUUGGGGAGAAGCCAGCCCUGCCCGAGUACAAGGUGGCUGCAGCGCGCAAAUCCCCAUUCAUCCUGUUGCAUUACGGGACCUUCAAGGCCGGCUGGGAUGGGCUGAUUCUUCUGGCUACACUAUACGUGGCUGUGACGGUCCCCUACAGCGCCUGCUUCAGCGGCACCAAGGACGAAGGGCUUUCCGAAGCUGCUCGCGCACCCCCCAGCGUCUGUGAUCUUUCCGUGGAGAUCCUCUUCAUCCUAGACAUUGUACUGAAUUUCCGCACCACCUUUGUCAGCAAGUCAGGGCAGGUGGUGUUUGACCCUCGUGCCAUUUUUCUGCACUAUCUGACCCGCUGGUUUGUCCUGGACCUCUUGGCUGCUCUGCCCUUUGACCUCCUGUAUGCCUUCAAGGUCAAUGUGUACUUUGGGGCCCACCUCCUGAAGACGGUGAGGCUCUUGAGGCUACUGCGGCUGCUGCCUAACCUGGACCGGUACUCGCAAUACAGCGCGGUGGUGCUCACCCUGCUCAUGACUGUCUUUGCUCUGCUGGCUCACUGGGUCGCCUGCAUCUGGUACUUCAUUGGACAGCGUGAGGUUGAGAGCAGCCCCUCGCAACUGCCGGGGAUAGGUUGGCUGCAGGAGCUGGCUCGACGCUUAGAGACUCCUUACUACCUAGUGCAGAGAAACAGCAGCAGCGAAGAGGACUCUGCUAACCGGACAGCCCCUCCCAUGAAUGGCAGCACAUGGGAGCUGGUGGGGGGGCCCUCGCUGCGAAGCGCCUACAUCACCUCGCUCUACUUUGCUCUCAGCAGCCUGACCAGCGUGGGCUUUGGCAAUGUGUCGGCAAACACGGACUCCGAGAAGAUCUUCUCCAUCUGCACCAUGCUGGUGGGGGCCUUGAUGCAUGCAGUCGUCUUCGGCAACGUGACGGCCAUCAUCCAACGCAUGUAUGCCCGCCGCUUCCUCUACCAUAGCCGCACACGUGACCUGCGUGACUACAUCCGCAUUCACCGGAUCCCUCCGCCACUGAAGCAGCGCAUGCUUGAGUACUUCCAAGCUACGUGGAGCGCCAGCAAUGGCAUUGAUACCCAUGAGUUGCUGCAGAGCCUCCCGGAUGAACUGCGAGCUGACAUAGCUCUCCACCUGCACAAGGAACUACUGCAGCUGCCACUCUUUGAGGGGGCGAGCCGGGGCUGCCGGCGCUCGCUUUCGCUCAGCGUCCGAACCUCCUUCUGCACACCUGGGGAAUACCUGAUCCGGCAGGGGGAUGCGCUCCAGGCCCUCUAUCUGGUCUGCUCAGGCUCCAUGGAGGUGCUCAAAGAUGGCACGGUGCUCGCCAUCCUAGGUAAGGGGGAUUUGAUUGGUUGCCACAUCUCAACCAAGGAGCAGGUGGUUCAAGCCAAUGCAGAUGUACGGGGCCUCACCUACUGUGACCUGCAGUGCCUGGGCCUGGCUGGCCUCCUUGCCAGCCUGGAACUCUACCCAGAAUUUGCCAGCAAAUUCCGCCGUGAACUUCCCUGCGAGCUCAGCUACAAUCUGGGCGGGAACAGUGUCUUUCAAGCUGAGUCAUCCUCACUGAGCAACAGAGAACCCACCACCUUGCUCUCCACGAUGGAAGAGAAAGAGAGAGAGGCCGUAUUCCCUCCCCACCACAGGACUGCUUGCCUCCCUGCAGAGGCUGCGGACGAACCCUCCAGCCCUUUGCUCCCCUCUGCCUCUGGGUGUCAAGGCCAUCCCCCUCCACGCACAGCCUUCCUGCGUCACCCACAGUCUGACACCUCCUCGCGCCCCACAGCAUUGCGGCUACACAGCGUGCCAUGCAGUGGCCCCCCAGACCUCAGCCCCAGGGUUGUGGAUGGCAUUGAAGAUGGGUCUGGUUCUGACAAACCUAUUUUUAGCUUCCACAUUGGCACCUCAGGCCCAGACUACAGCAGCCCUUCACCUGGUACAGACAGCGGCCUGCUCACCAUCCCCCCAGAGUUAUCAGGGGCUGACACAAUUGAGAAACUGCGCCAAGCGGUGGCAGAACUCUCCGGCCAGGUGCAGCAAAUGCGUGAAGGUCUCCACUCUCUGCGCCAGGCUGUGCAGCUCUUCCUGCUCGCCCAGACACCAACCCACCCACGUGUUGACCCUUCGGCCUAUGGCUCCUUUCCCCACGUGGACACUCCUCUCUUGAGCCCGCUCCGGGUAGAUACAGGACUCUUGCCCACCUUCUGUCCUCAUAGCGCACCCUCAGCACCCUGUCCCAAUGGGGCUUGUGGCAGGGUCCCGUGGGUGUGGGCCCAACCUGCUGGACAGAGUGCCCCCUGGCCUGGAACGCUCUGGACAUUGGGGCCAAGAAAGGACCCUGAGAUGGCUGAAACAGCAGCCACGGACCAUCAGUCCAAGGACCAGGGGACCCACACACAGCUGCCAAGCCCGAGCCAAAGAGAAAGCUCCUUUCCCCAGACUUCCUCCCCAGCGGAUCCAGCAUCCCAGACCGGCCUCGCAGAAACCAAACCUUCCAGGGCUCAAGCCUGUGAUUCCUCAAGCCUUGAAAUGGUGCUGAUUGGAGCUCAGGAGGAUGGGUCAGCAAGCACUGCCCCCUGCUGGCCACAGGAGGAAGGGACAGGCGUAUGA